AUCCCACUCGCUCACCCACCCCCAAACCCCGUGCACCCUCGCCUGCACCCCCCCUUCCACCAAGAAAGGAGCCCUGCAGCACGCGAGUCCUCCCAGCAAUCUGCAGUCGUUGCCGGAGAAAAAAAAAAGAGAUCAAAAUCCCAAGCCAGGCCUCAGAGGAGCUCAAGCUUCCGAGUCCCCUCCUUCAUCCUCGUCGUCGACAAAACCACGCCAUACCACUACCCACUCGACACCUUUAAGGGUUCUCAGCGCUUUCUGUGCCACGAUUGCAGUGUUGCUCGAAAAAGAACUCGGAGCGUCCCCUCCUUCGCCUUCGACCGCCUCCCGCCUCUACCACGUACAACGGCGUCGCUCUCUAGCCGCUCCCGACCUCAAUUCAUUCCUCGCGAGCUCGGUCCGCCCUCUCCAGCAGCAUCAGCAUCAGUGUCCACUGCACUUUCAUAUCAUUCCCACGCACAGAACACGUCAUGGACGCCGCUGCCUUGCGGGACCGCGUCCAGUCCACCCUCGACGCGAAUGCCGCUAUCCGACAGCAGGCCGAGCUCGACCUCAAACAUGCCGAAGAGAAGCCUGGUUUCACCGACGCUCUGCUCAACAUCCUUGAGGCGGAGCAGGACCCCGGCGUCCGACUGUCAACUGUGGUUUAUCUGAAGAACCGUGUUUCAAAGGGUUGGUCGCCCGCAGAGGAAUAUUCUCAGGCCAAGCCCAUACCGGAGGAGGAGAAGGAAUCCUUUCGCAAUCGCAUCGUUCCCGUUCUCGUCGCCGCCCCUCCGCAGGUACGCGCCCAACUUAUCCCCACCAUACAGAAGAUCCUUUCCUACGACUUCCCCCAGCGAUGGCCCGCCUUCUUCGACAUAACCGUGCAAUUGUUGAACGCCCAGGAUGCGGCGUCCGUGUUUGCAGGCGUGCAGUGUCUGUUGGCGAUUUGCAAAAUCUACAGGUUCAAGUCGGGCGAGAACCGUGCCGAUUUCGAUAAAAUUGUUGCACAUUCUUUUCCCCAGCUGCUCAACAUUGGAAAUUCGCUGGUGAACGAGACAAGCCUGGAAGCUGGUGAAAUCUUGAGAACGGUGCUCAAGGUGUACAAGCAUGCUGUAUAUUUCGAUCUUCCCGUUUCAUUACGCGAACAAGGAACGAUGGCUGGAUGGUGUACACUGUUUUUGAGUGUGGUCAGCAAGGACCCUCCAGAGUGCUCUCUUCCUGACGACCUGGAGCUGCGCGAGACCAACCACUGGUGGAAAGCAAAGAAGUGGGCAUAUGCAAACUUGAACCGGCUAUACGUCAGGUAUGGCAACCCGCAGUCCUUCGGCAAGACGAGUGACAACGAGUAUGCCGAAGUCGCCAAGUACUUCAUCUCCCACUUCGCUCCGGAGAUCCUCAAGGUGUAUAUGGCGCAGAUUGAGAAAUGGGUGUCGAAGACGUUGUGGCUGUCCAAAGCCAGUCUCCACAAGACACUCAACUAUCUGGACGAGUGCAUUAAGCCCAAAGCCAUGUGGGACAUCUUGAAGCCCCACACAGACAGCUUGAUCGAACACCUGAUAUUCCCCGUCCUGUGUCAGUCGGACGAAGACCUCGAGCUGUUCGAGACCGAGCCGCAGGAGUAUCUGCAUCGGAAGCUGAACUUCUAUGAGGAGGCGAGUGCCCCCGAUGUGGCGGCGACGAACUUCUUGGUCACGCUCACCAAGAGCCGACGGAAGCAGACAUACAGCGUUCUCAACUUUGUCAAUGGUGUGGUAAACGCAUACGAGGCCGCGCCCGACAAUGAAAAAGAUCCCAGGAAGAAGGAGGGUGCUCUUCGCAUGAUAGGGACACUCUCUGGAGUAAUAUUAGGCAAGAAGAGCCCCAUUGUCGACUCCGUGGAAUACUUCUUUGUGCGGCAUGUUUUCCCAGAGUUCCGCAGUCCUCACGGUUUCCUCCGAGCGCGCGCCUGUGACACCUUGGAAAAAUUCGAGCAGAUGGACUUCAAGGAUCCCAACAAUCUCUUAAUCAUCUACCGGAACAUUUUGGAAUCAAUGGCUGAUCCCGCUCUGCCCGUGAGAGUAUCUGCCUCCCUUGCACUUCAGCCGCUCAUCAGACACGACGUCAUCCGGGAGAACAUGAAGCAAAAUAUCCCUCAAGUCAUGCAGCAACUCCUGAAACUGGCGAAUGAAGUCGAUGUUGAUGCCCUUGCUAAUGUAAUGGAGGAUUUCGUGGAAGUCUUUGCGCCAGAACUUACCCCGUUCGCCGUGGCUCUUAGCGAACAACUUCGGGAUACUUAUCUUCGGAUCGUGAGCGAACUGCUAGCGCGCAACCAGUCUAACGGGGAUGCGGAUGGCGAGUAUGGAGACUUUUUGGACGAGAAGAGCAUCACUGCUCUGGGUGUCCUUCAAACAAUCGGGACCUUGAUUCUCACCUUGGAGAGCACACCCGAUGUGCUCCACCAUCUUGAGGAAGUUCUUAUGCCCGUCAUUACGACGACGCUGGAGAACAAACUAUACGAUCUUUAUAACGAAGUGUUCGAAAUCAUUGACAGCUGCACGUUUGCAGCCAAGGCCAUCUCACCCACGAUGUGGCGGGCAUUCGAGCUGAUCCACCGGACUUUCAAGGCUGGUGCGGAGCUCUACCUCGAAGACAUGCUUCCUGCUCUGGAAAAUUAUGUCACAUACGGUAGUGAAAUGCUCGUACAGAAUCGAUCAUAUCUCGAGGCCAUCGUCGACAUGGUCCGCACCAUCUUCAAAGACGAUAAGGUCGGCGGUGUAGACCGGAUAUGCGGCUGCAAACUAGCUGAAAUCAUCAUGCUCAAUAUCCGGGGACAUGUCGACGAUUAUAUUCCAGAGUUCAUCGGGCUUGCUUGCACAACUCUUUUCAACGACGAUCCCAAGGUUAAGUCCCUUAGGACGCACCUGAUGGAAGUUGUCAUCAACGCUAUCUACUAUAACCCCGCUUUGGCGCUACACGUGCUUGAGCAGAAUGGCUGGACGAAUAAGUUCUUCAGCCUGUGGUUCUCUAGCAUCGAUAACUUCACUCGCGUCCACGACAAGAAGCUGUGCAUAUCCGCUAUCUGCGCGCUCCUGACGAUCAACGCACAGAAUGUUCCAGUCAGCGUCCAACAGGGUUGGCCGAGGUUGCUCCAGGGCAUCGUUCGCCUGUUCCAGACACUGCCUGCCGCGGAGAAGAACAGGGAAGAGGCGAAGCGCGAAGAGAACUUCGACUACGCCGACUAUAACGAGGAUGAGGAGGAUGAGUGGGAGCAAGACAACGACUGGACAGAAGAGCCCGAUGAGGCCGAGGAUGUCAAGGAUGAAAGUCAAGCAUAUCUGGAGUUCUUGAACGAGGAGGCUCAAAAGUUCAAUGUUGGCGGUGACGACGAUGAAGACGAUCUCGAGGAAGAGGGACUCCUGGAGACGCCCCUUGACAAGAUCGAGCCCUAUGGCAUGUUCAAGCAGGCAUUACUCCUCCUCCAACACGAACAACCCGUCCUCUACGAAGAACUGGCUGGGAAGCUCUCUCCCGACGAGCAAGAAGUGGUACAGGCGGCGAUCCACCAUGCAGGCGAAAUCGAGCAGGCGACUGCGCAAGCACAGGCUGAGGCACAGGCUAAUGGGAUUCCCGUGGUGGCAUAGCUUGCUAGUCGGCGGUGCAUGCCUUACCGUUCCUGUAGCCGUCGAAGUCGCCAUUACCAUAGACUGAGGCAGUUGAUCCUGGACGUGAGGAUGGAGAACGCGGUAUUAGAUUGGGCUGGGGGCGAGUGGGUGAUGCCGAAGAUGCCGAACAUAUUGCGCAAUUGGACGAUUGGAUCAGUGGGAAGACACAUGGUGAAUUUCUGGGGCCAAGCAUUUGCGGAGGGUUGGAGAUAUUGUGGAUAAUGAAUGGGCUGUCGAGGUGGAAAGCUUGAUUACUCUUCCUUUUCUCUGCUAAGCGGUUCAAAUAGAUAGUUGCCCGUGUGGGCGAACCUGAGUAUGACGGAGAGAAGCCUUUGGUGGGUUUGGAAAACUGACAAUGCGACCUCCACAUCGAGGCAGAAGUCUAUGGCAUUGAAUAUCCUGUUUUCUUUUCCAUGCCAUUCUAUGUUAAAAUUACUAUACAACUUCAGCCCGAAAUGCGAGCGAGACAC